UGAGUUGGCAAUAUGUGAAACUCCUGAAAAACAAAGGUGGCGACAUGCGGAUGCCCCUAUAGUUGAGAAUAAAGCCAAGGGUUUGGUUAAGUAUCUUCCAAAAUUAUCACCAUUACUUGAUUCUUUGAACGAUUACUCUCAAAUAGAAAAAGUUGGUGAUUCUGUUUUUUAUGUUUCAAUGAAAAAAACUAAAAAAAAAGUUUUGUCUGAUAAUGAAAUAAAUUUUUAUAAUUCUGGGAUUCAAGUAUCGUUAUCUGAACAUUCUUGUGAUUUUGGAAUCCAAGUUUCGUUACCGAAUCCCGAAUAUGAAAGUCUUAUUAAAAAAAUUAAUGAAUUAGAACAUUUAAAUCAACAAUUACUACUUGAAAAUAAUUUGUUAAAAAAAAAAUUAAAUAAUAAAUACGAUAACCAACAAGAGCAUGUUAAAGCCGUUGUAGAAAUUGCCAAACGAAAACAAAUUGCCUUGUAUGAUGAUCUUCACAAUUAUCUUUCGUCUAUUAUAACUGAAUUAUAUACAGAAAAAAAUGAAGAAAUAAAUGUUAUUGACGAUUUAAUAACUAAUCAAAGUGCUAAAACAAAAAAUCAAAAACAAUGUUAUGAUUGUAGUAAAAAAGAUAUUGAAAACUCUAAGUGUAAAUGUCCUCAAUGUCAUGCAAAACUUCCUAUACUCGCUGAAACUCAACAAGAAAAAGAGCAAACCAUAUCCGAUAAGAAAGAGAAAGACUCAAUUAAGCUAUUAACUUUUAGACCCUAUCAACCUAAAGAAAGUAAAUCAGGUAAAUCGGAUGAAUCUACAAGUUCAAUAAGUAUAACACAAAAUUUGGAACCUCAAGAUGGUGUUAAAAUACCUGAUGUUUUUGUACCCGAUUCUUUACCAAUUAAUCCAAAUUCUGUUGAUAAUGUUCGCAAAAUUUUUGAUUAUAUUCAAAAUAUUAGUAGAGUUAAUAAUGGCAAUCAAAGAUGGAUUGUAGUAGUUUGUGACAGACUUCCUUACCAUUAUGCACAAAAAUUUAAAUCUGAAUAUUCAAGAAUUAUUUUGUUGCCUGGUCCACUUCAUGAAAAAAUAAAUAUGUUAAAAGCUUUUGUGGAAUUGAAUUGGUAA